UUUGUGACCCCUGACUUGUGUCCAGUUUGUAGUGGCAUCAAGUUCAUCGAGCGAAGCGAGGGGGAGUCUGUGGUACUUCCCUGUCGUAUUGACCAAAGGAUCCCACCACCCAUUGCCUUUUACUUGAAACGCAUCUGGUUGAAUGCCACUGAAGUUGUUUUCCAGUACACCAAGUUUGACUUCAGUGCAUCCAACCCUACUGAUAAAAAUAGGAUCAGUUUGAAUGGAGACCCAAGCAAUUAUUCUGUUGAUGUGACCAUUUCUAACCUGAGGACAUCUGACACUGACCGCUACAUCUGUGAGUAUAUUGUGAAGAGAGCUUCCUCUGAAGAUGAAAGGAUUCCAGGAACGACUGAGUUCUUCCUCCUUGUCAGUGCUGAUAUCCCAAGCCCAAUGGAUUUAGAGCUGAUAGGGAUGUGUGCUGGGGGCUCGACUGUGAUUCCCUGUUUCGCCCCACACAAUGAAGACUUAGCUGUGGAAGGAGUCACUUUAAAGAGAAAAAGAGGCAGAGCUCCUGUGGAGGUUGUAUACCACUCGAAGUGGCACCACAAUGGCGUCCAUUCCCAGUUCCCUGCCGAGCGGGUCGAGCUGUCCUCUGAGUCUGGACCGGGCGGCAUCACACACAAACUGACCCUACAGCGGCUGCAACCCAAUGACAGUGCCCUGUACAGUUGCCAGCUGCUCCAGAGUGGCAGGCCUGCUAGCCGCACCAGUCUAGGCAGACGAGUGUUUUUUGUCUCAGUACAAGAUUCCAGCUACCCAACUCUGCUCUAUGCUUUGUCGUCGGUCGUGGGUGUUCUCCUCCUGAUCCUCCUUGUUGUAGGAACUGUGGUUAUUUUCAAAGGUAAAGCAAACCGCAGUACCAAAUCACACCCUCAAGCUGAAAUCUAUGAGGAGAUGAUCGGCAUGCAGUCCCCUAGUCGAAAACUGCCCCCCCGCCAUCUGGAGGAAGUGGAGUCCUCCGAGUACAGAAACUGCUCAGUGAAGAAGUCCUGCCCUGAAAAUUAUUAUGAAAGCCCCAGUGGGGCUCUCUUCCCAAGGAAAGCGUCUCAGAAGUGA